AUGGCUGACAGAUCGCUCAAAGAUCUGAACUACGGCUAUCCCGGUGCGGCGACUUACGACUUGGACAAUAGAGAAUGGACGUUUGCUAGGCCAUAUACCACACGCUCAUUCAAGCGCAUACAAACUUCAAAGGACGCGACUACUGCGAACAGUCAUGCGACACCGGCAUUACCUCUCUCUGCAGAGAUACUAGCGAGUAGGACCAGCGUACAGAAGGAGAUCAGUAACAGCAUACGAGAUCAUCCUCAGAUCUCUGCAGCUGCCGAGGUCCUCCCCGAUCUAGCUGUGUUAUCUGCUGCCAUAUUAUCCACGGCUUCGACCUACGAUCCGCUCGUCGGCGACCUACUCUCCUUCGGUUCGAUUACGUCCAAGGGUAGACAUGAGGCAUGGCGCAUAGCUGCAGUGCCAACCGGAGAAUCGGGGAGCAUACUACAGUUGUCAAUCCUAGACAAAGAAAUACACGGUUGGACCGCAGACCCGAAGUCAUGGGUAGAAGGCCGGACCUUGAAAGAUACGGAGAGUGGCUUCUGGAAUGAGGAAGCGGCACCGAUCCAGCAAGUUUGCUUUGCGCAUUCGGACGACAGCAGACCAUUUCUGGCUGUGCGACUGCCUACCCGUACGGUCUUCUUUCACCCAGACUACCACUGCCGACCACGCGCUUCCGCUGUGUCACCGUUCUACCGCUUACCCGCCUCCUCGAUCGAACCCCACCCUAUACUUUGCAUAAGUCAGAACGAUACUGAUGGCUUUGCUCAUGUCGACAUUGCAUUCAAUCCAGACUUCCAGUCACAGUUUGCACUCGUCGACCUGAACCAGACAUGGAGUGUAUGGGACAUCGAGCAUCGGCCCAUACUUGGCACGUACUCGGCUUCAUGUCUGCUUCGUGGAAAAAUCGAUGAACUGGAAGAGGAUCGGGGCACAGCCUGCGGAGACGGUUGGGCGAGGAUUCUCUGGGUGGCUGAUAUAACGACGCUGCUGGUAUGCAACAGGCGCCAUUUGAGCAUCGUCAGUAUCAAGGGCAGGACAACGUCACACCUUCCCUGUCCAGAGCUCUUUAGUGAGCGAUCAGCAGACUGGAUCUUGGAUGUCAAGCGACACCCGAGAGAUAGAAGUCAAGUUUUCGUCGUGACCUCUACUCGUCUAUUCCUCCUUUCGGUCACUGCACCAAGUGAGCUGCUUCCGAAGGCUGAUGAAGCUGGAGCUAAAGUCCUCACAUCGUGGCGGCACUACCGGGGCGUGGAGGAUUUCACGCUUCACAUAAGCGUGCAGAUGCUGUCGGACGACGAGACAUGUGUUAUGCUCCACUCUCGAGUUAAUAGCUUGGUCCAAGUACAGAGCUUCCGCGAAGAUACCUCCGGUCCUUUAGGCCUCAUUACUAGUUCAGAUCCGACCCUACUAGACGUACCCAUUGGUGGAUCUACGCACAUGACCAACUUGUACGUCGAGCCCAUGCAAUGGGAAUACUCACAGAAAGACAUCGUAUUUCUCCAGUUGUUCAUGACGCUGUCCGACCUGAGUAUACGCGAGCUGAUUGUCUGGAGCCGGACCACCUCGAUGGGACAUACCACCGAGGAUGACCACGCCGUCGUAGACUUCACGCGAAGCACUAUCAAACGCCCUAGAACUCUCACCUUCAACUCAAAAGCCAGCAACAAAGACGAUGAUUUCGUAAUUCCUAAUGGAUUAGUCGCCACAGGGUCACCAAGCUACAAGACUGUCAUGCAACAGCCAGAAUUGCGCAAAUCCUCCGAUAGUACUGCCGCGCCAAACACUCGGGACAACACUUCUCUGGGCGAGAUCUUAUCUCGGUCAAAGAGCGCGGCGGCGGAGGUCUCUGGUACCAUCGAUGCAGUGGCUGUCAUGGACCAAGUGAACGAAAUGUUGGCGACUGGUGCAGACUUGCCACCUUUACCAUUGGGUACUUUGAUGGAGUGCACGCACACGCAAUUCCAUGUUGCAGACAUCGACGAAGCUUCGUCCAAUUUUCAAGAGCUGUUCUCUUCCCCGAGUGGUCAGGAUACUGUGGAUGUCCAGCGUAUCGCAGCUAUGCGCGUGCUUGGCUUGACUGAGGACGACGACCUCACCAUUUCUGAUGCCUAUGACAGUAUCUUACAGACGUGGGUUGCGCCUAUGCCAUCAGAGAUGCCAAUUCGCGUUCGGCAACGACAAGAGCUUCUGGCUCGGCGGAUUGCUACGGAGCUGAUGUUCUCAAGUACGUGCAUACGAGACGAUCGGAUUCAAGUGCCCACCAUCAGCACACAGCGUGGGCAGAGUCAGAACAGCGGUGUUGCGUUGCCCAUCUUGCCGGCCAGACCUAAAGAGGGAACCUCCAACUUCGCCUCCAGAUAUCCUGCCUCGCAACCAUUGCCGACACCGCCAUACUCAUCUAUACCACCCUCAUCUUUGCCUCCGUCCUCUGUGCUUGGAUCGUCCCCACCCGAGCUACCUUCCGUGCAGCCAGCUUCGUCAGAUCCCCUCAGUCGCCUUAGCAAGUAUCUUCAAACUUCCAAAGACCCGGUGAUUGUUCCACCAAACGUGUCCCAAGGUCUCGCGCAUUGGCAAUUAGGAACUGAUCCUCACACGUACAACUGGGUCAGCCUAGAGCGUGCUCUUCGAGCCGAAGAACUCGAUGAAGAGAGCCAACAACAACGCGAGAAGGAACGCAAGAAGAAGGAACGUCGGGAAAAGCGCCAACAACGUGAGAACGAGCUCAUGAGGGCUAAGGCUGCUAGCCAAAUUACUGCAUAUCCGCGAAGCUCUCCAGGGCCCAUGCUGGGUGGUAUGGGUAUCAGCAGUCAGGUACCGAGCCAGAGCCAAAGUCAAGGCCAUGUACCAUUCCAGAGUGGUGGCUUCAUGAUGCCACAAAGUCAAGUAGAGCGGGGCAAGUUUGGAGGGAAGCUAGACAAGAAGAAGAAAAAGAAGGGGAGGAUCAAAGGAAGCUCCUCCCCUCAAAGUGGGCAAUUGAAUCUACAAAAACAUCACCAAAACCAUUCUGCAACGCAAACGAAAAUGUCAGGCUUCCCAUCUCUCCAGCCCGCUUUCACCGUCCGCGUCGACAUCGAUGCGCCGAUGCAAGUCGGAGGCCAGCAUGGCGCGCAGUUGGUCAUAGUUCCGAUGGUAUCCGGCACAGUUAAGAGUGAAGAGGGCUUUGAACCAAAGCUGGAUGGAGAGUUGCACGGUACUGGCUACGACUAUAUCCACAACGAUGCCGAUGGCGGAAACAUGCGCUUGGAUGUCAGGAGUCAAGUCAAGAACCACGACGGAACAAUUCUGGCAAUGUAUUACAAGGGUACCGUGAAGCUCACGCCUGGUGUUGGUAAGGUGCUGUCUGGUGCUUCGGAUGCUAAGACCACCGACUACGGCGAUUCGUUCGUGAACUUCACUUUUGAGACGGGCAACGAGAAGUACAAGGAGCUUCAGAACGGGACAUAUGUCGCUGCCGGCCAUUUCGUCACAGGCGAGGGAAAGCCCGGUGUUGUGGUGGAGUACAAGGUUAGCAAGGUUGUGUAUAAGGCGUAA